ACGAGCAACCUCCGACGCGAACUCUCCUCCGCGAGCCUUUCUCAGUCCGUGACUAGCAGCAACGCCGCGAGCCCGUCCCUCGCCGUGAACCAGUCCCGUCGCACAGCCACUCCUCCUCGCCGGGAGAAGCUCCUCAGCCGUGACGGGAGCGAAUUUAUGAGAAUCCGACUUCAGGCGAUUGAGGGUGAAUGCACCCGACGACAGCUAAUCUCGAUAGGUCCGGUUGUGGGCAGAAGAACUACAUCAUCCCGCCCUUCAUGGCGAUUCGAGCAUCCCGCGAUUGAAACCACGCCGAUGACGAGAAUGCCGACGUCCACCAGAUUUUCCAGCGACGGGACC